AUGCAAACUUCUCCAGCACCAGCACAAGCUUAUUCGUCACCUGACCUCCGCUUCUUAUCUGCCCAUGAUACUGCCUCUGUUGAUGUUGAAGCUCACUCACCCGAGGCCGAGGCCCUCUCUGGAGGCCUGGAGCACAGCGGGACCCUCCAGCGGGACCCUCCAGCGGGGACUCUCCAGCGGGACCCUCCAGCGGGACCCUCCAGCGGGACCUUCCAGCGGGACCCUCCAGCGGGACCCUCCAGCGCGACCCUCCAGCGGGACCCUCCAGCGCGACCCUCCAGCGGGAUCCUCCAGCGGGACCCUCCAGCGCGACCCUCCAGCGGGAUCCUCCAGCGGGACCCUCCAGCGCGACCCUCCAGCGGGAUCCUCCAGCGCGACCCUCCAGCGGGACCCUCCAGCGGGAUCCUCCAGCGGGACCCUCCAGCGGGACCUUCCAGCGGGACCCUCCAGCGGGACCCUCCAGCGCGACCCUCCAGCGGGACUCUCCAGUUGGACUCUCCAGCGGGACUCUCCAGUGGGACUCUCCAGCGGGACUCUCCAGUGGGACUCUCCAGUGGGACUCUCCAGUGGGACUCUCCAGUGGGACUCUCUGACUUUCCAUGA